AUGCCCUCCUACGUUAUCACCGGCGUUUCUCGAGGAAUCGGAUGGGAGUUCCUUCGCCAAAUCUCUGCAAACCCCAACAAUCAAGUCAUUGGACUGGUCCGUGAUAAGAAGGCAACCGACAAAAGGGUGUCCGAAGAACUCGCCGGGAGAACCAACAUCAACAUCCUGGAAGCUGAUCUGUCUGACUACGAUGCCAUCAAGAACUCUGCGGCAGCCACCUCAGAAAUCACCGGGGGAAGUCUUGACUACCUGAUUGCGAACGCUGCAAACAUGUCAAAGUGGGAUGCUUACGACCCAAUUGGAGUCUUAGCUGAGAAUCCUAAAGAGCUCGAGAAGCAGCUGAUUAACAGCACCACCGUCAAUAUCGUCGGAAAUAUCAACCUUUUCAAGCUCUAUAUUCCUCUUCUCCUCAAGGGCCAGGCGAAGAAGGUCAUAGCCCUUACCUCGGGCCAUGCGGACCUGGACGCGAUCAAUCAAGUUGGUAUCGAGCCGGCCGCUCUCUACUCAAUCAGCAAAGCGGGGAUGAAUAUUGCCGUAGGCAAGUUCAACGUCCAGUACAAGAAAGAUGGUAUCCUCUUCUUCAGCCUGAGCCCUGGCGUGGUAGAUGUUGGGUCCCAAGCCGAUGCUACCCCAGAGCAAUUGCAGAAAUUAGGAGCUAUGGCUGCCGGCUUUAUGCGAGCCUACCCUGACUGGAAGGGGCCCGCUCAGCCAGAAGAUUCAGUCAAGGAUAUGCUGGCCGUUAUCGAGAAGGCCUCAAUUGAAGACGGGUUUGGGGGAGCUUUCCUGUCCCAUCAUGGAGAUAAACAUUGGCUCUGA